AUGUCGGAAGGAGAGCCCUCCUACAUCGACUAUGAGGCCUUUUUAGACCCUGAGUUCUCGCCGGCCGGAUUCGCCAACUCACUAGUGCUGAGCACCAACAAUGCAACAGAUACACCCCUAGAUCUCUCAACACCACUCUCACGGGUCCUCUUUGAUCUACAGGAAAUCGACACUCACAUUCAUGGAUUAACAACAAAGUCAGCACUAUCACUUCUAUCCCACACACAAGACCAAACCGCUGCCGCGGAGCAUAUCCUGCAGGAAACCGGGACACAGAUCACAUCAGUCACCCAGGGAUAUGAGCGGUUGGAAAAGGAAGUCCUACAGAAAUGGCAGGCUGCGGACGAGGCUCGAAUUGCAGCAGAAAAUUCAUUGGCUACUGUCCGGCUAGCACGUGCCGUCGCACGUUGUUUGGGACUUGGUCGUCAGCUCGAGAGUCAAGUGGCAGAGUUAACUGGGCGUACAACUGCCCCGGCAAUAGGCGCCGACGGAGCUACCACAUCGACAGGCAAAGAAGGAUUCCGAGCGUUGGAACGCGCAGCGAUUACCAUCUUGCAUCUUCGUCAAAUGUUCUCAGCAAGCUCGGAGGAAGAUGAAGGUUAUGGCUUAGACCGGGUGAAAGUCACUCGAACUCUGCGCAAUGAGUUUGUAAUUCCUGCAGAGAACAUGGUCAAGGCAAGGGCGCAGCAAACCAUCAAUCGAUUCUCAUUAUCGAGUCCCAUGACCACCAGUGGUCAAUCAUCGGUGCCUUCAAGCUACAAACAGGCUCGCGAAGCCCGAUCGCGCUUGGCUACUGCUGCAGCCACUUUAUACCUCCUGUCACCUAUCCCGAAGGGCGUUGUCACGACAUCUGACUAUAAGCCUGAACUACUUCUUUCUACCUUGCAAGGGUAUAUGCAGACGUCCAUCAUCACAUCUGCUAACGGCCUCGCGAAGGCACUGUCCCAACUCCCCACAAUGGAUCGUGCCUUGGCCGACAUCUCCACGCGAUGUCAGGAUAUCGUUGGCCUGGAGUCCAUCUUGCGAAAUAUUCGACCGCCAUCUCAUCCCCUCCUCUCAUCCACAGCCAAUGAUGAUCAGCCUGCCCCGGAAACAGAAACAGUAGGCUCAACCCAGGCCAACCUCCUCCAGCCCCUCCUUCAGGCUCUCGAUACCGCAUCCCUGCCGUCAUAUUUCUGGCGAUCGCUCGCUUCCUCCCUCACGUCCCGCGUGCAGGAAAUCAUCAACCGAGGGGGCGUGUCUGCACGCACCCUGCGAUCCAACCGAGAUCGACUCAAGGCAGAAAUCAAAGAUUGUGUGAUGCGUGCUUCCCAAGUCUCUGCCACCAACCUCCUGGCCGAAAAGGGUCGAUCCGGAAUGGACACGGUGGUGGUUGGAAAUUGGGAACGAGAAGCCACCGUGAUGGUGAGCGCUGUCAUCGGUCCCUUAAGCCGAUAA